ACCAACCUUAAAUAUGUAAAUAACGAUCAACUUAUAUCUGAACUAUUGACAUCUACAGUAACCCACGUAGUUGCAGAAUAGUUAAUGCAAUGGUUGUGAUUGAAAUACAACUUGAUCCUAUUGUUGUCCUCACUUGCGGGAUAAUAGCAUCGUUACUAUACUUUUUGGUCCAGAGGCGCGCAGCUUCACGCUCAACCACACCCCUUUUAGACAGUUCACCACGAUCUUCGUCGCACACGAAGAAUGUCAGGAUUCGUCAAAUAUACCCAUCCUCUGAAAUUGAGACUUCAACAGACAUUGACAUCAUUGCUAUACAUGGCCUAGAUACUGAUUCGCAACGCACAUGGACCUGGAAGCAAGAUGGACGACCGGGUGUCAACUGGCUCGCGGACUCAGAUAUGCUGCCUAAGCGGGCUCCAAAGGCACGGAUAUUUACUUGUGACUGGCCGGCUGAUUUGUUCGAAUCAUCUGAUAUGGUUCAGAAGACGAUUGACGAAUUCGCCCGGCUAUUGCUUGUUAGCAUCAAGAACCGCCCCCUGACUACGACGGAUAAUCGACCAAUCGUGUUUAUUGUCUCCUGUCUUGGUGGAAUUAUCCUAAUGAAGGCCCUUGUCAUGGCUGAAGGAGAAUAUAUCACCGUAGGACAGGCAACACGAGGCAUCAUCUUCCUAGCUACUCCAUUUCGUGGGACUUCAUUUCAGAACGUAGCUAAGUGGGCAGAGCCAGGUCUGAGGGCCUGGGCGUUUAGUCAGAACAAAAACGUCUCCAGUCUAUUAAAGCACGUGAAACCAAGUUUCGAUUUGGGAGAACUGGUACGACGCUUUGCGAGCUUCUGUCGAGAUAACGAACUUAACGACAACAUAUUGACUUUCUACGAAACUGGCUUGACGAGUCUCCCGCGCAAGAUACUCCCCUGGCUGCGGGACGAAGGGAAGCCGUUGGUUGACCAAGUCUCCGCAACGCUGGAUUUUGUGCCCCAUCCCAUUCCCCUCGACCGACCACAUAUACAAAUGAACAAAUUUGAUAGCCCUGAUAACAAGGACUAUGUUUUGGUUGCUGGGGAGAUUUCAAGUCUGCUUAAACGUAUCCAUGAAGGAACCCCUAUAGAGAUAGCAAACAGAUAUAUGCGCACCGUUUGCUAUUCACAGGAAUAUCUGAGGAUUGAACGAUUCUCAGGUGACCCACUUCCGAUGGAUCGUUGUUAUAUCAAUUUGGAAAUUGUACAACGGCAAGAGUCUUCGUUUUCACUUAUUUCUCAAAUGGAAGUUGAAAAGUUUCAUGAAGAGAGCAGCAUCACAUUGCCAACUCUCUUUGAACCUGGCAAACGACGCAUCAUGAUCCAUGGGCGCGCUGGAGUGGGCAAGACUACAUUGUGCAAAAAGAUUGUCUAUGAUUUUAUCUAUGGCAACUUAUGGUCAGAUUUGUUCGAUUGGGUACUUUGGAUACCAUUACGGAACCUGAAGCUAGAAGAAAGGCGCAGAAGUGCCGAGUACAACUUCCAAGACCUAUUUCGCCACGAGUAUUUCGCUCAACAUCCAAAGCGCGAUAAACUCGUCAACGCAUUAUGGACCGCCUUAGAUAAGACAAAAGGAGCCCGCAUUCUCUUUAUUCUCGACGGCCUAGAUGAAGUGUCGCAAGAUUUGGAAGGAAGUAUGCUCCGUUUUCUCCAGGAGCUUCUCAACCAGCCAAAUAUCAUUGUUACCGCCCGCCCUCAUGCAAGACUUCCUCCGAAUAUCAUACCUAUUGACUGCGAAUUAGAUACUAUUGGAUUUUACCCGGACCAGAUAAAGUUGUACAUGGAAAAUGUCUUCACGGAUAGAAAGACAGGCGAGCUCGAUUCAGUAAAGAUGAAAGGGGUUCAAUCAUUUUUGAGUGAACGUCGGCUUAUUCAUGGCCUUUUACGGAUUCCAAUCCAGCUUGACGUGUUCUGCUGCACCUGGGAUGAUGAUCGUGGAAUAAAAUUCAAAGGUCCAGAUGAAGAGGAGACUAUGACUACUAUCUACCAGAGAAUCGAACAAGCAUUAUGGAGAAAGGAUGCGGAAAAGCUAGGGAGAUUGACACUAUCCCAAAUAGAGGACGCUCACGACGAUGAAAUUAUGGCGGUGUUAUAUAACGAGCAGAAAGAUCUGGAACUCUUGGCUUUCUAUGGCAUGUACCACGACGUUGUAGACUUUGAGCCUGAGCACCGCAGCGCGAUAUCGAGGCAUUCCGUUCGCCGUGAUAAGAAGCUCAUGCUGGACGGAUUGCUCAAGCAGGUCUCUUUCCUUCGCUCAUCAGAUCCUUCAUCCAAGGCCAAGAAGUUAAAUUACCACUUUUUGCAUCUCACUUUUCAGGAAUACUUUGCGGCGCGAUACUUCGUGCGACAAUGGAAAGCGAAGCAGAAGCUGAAAUGCCCACCCGUUAGGAAUGGAAAUGAUGUGGAGGCCUCGCCAGAUACGUUUCUUCUCGAAAAUAAAUACAAUAAGCGUUACGAUGUAUUUUGGCGAUUUGUGGCCGGUUUGCUGACCUCAGAAACGGAUCCAAAGUCAUUUUUCGAAAUAAUUGAGCAAGAGCCGCGCGAUCUGCUAGGCUAUACCCAUAUCAGAUUAAUUAUGCAUCUCGUUAACGAGACUUUGCCUGCAGCCUCCUACUACCAAAGCUUAGAACAACAAUUGGUGCAAUGGGUAGCGUUUGAGCUAGUGUGUACAAUGGAACUCAAACAGAAACAAUACCUUAAUGGGAAACUUCACUCCAGUCUCGCUGUCGACAAUGAGUUACCAGUGGCUAUAACAAAGACAGUUAUAGAGCAAUAUCCUCAUACGAAAUCCCAUAUAACAAAGUUAUUGAACGGGCAGGAAGACGUUUCGGAGCGGCGCGCUCGGUUUUUGAAACUUUGCUUCGAGGAUGAAAGCCCAGAAAUUAAAGUUCAAGCUGUGGAAGCUCUAGCAAACAAGCCAUCAGUCGAACAAGACCUCCAGACUCUUAUAGAAUAUCUCAAAAGUAAGCAUGAAACAGUGAGGCAGAGCGCAUUCCGCAAACUCAAGGACCGGAGAUUAGCAAAGGAACAACUCCAAGUUGUUGUGGAACGCUUUCAAUCUAUUUAUGACAACACCAGGCACAGCGAGAAGGAAGACGUGGUCGAUAUUCUUGACGGCCUGAUGGGCAGAGAAGAAUCUGUCCAGGAUAGCGCACUAUAUCUUCAACAUGACAAUAAAAUUGUCAGAGAGAUAGCAAAACACGCUCUCCGGCGACCACUUUCCGCAGAAGACUUCCAAGCUACAAUGGCAUGUCUCGAGGACCAAGACGUAGAGCUUCAACAAUGCGCGCUUUGGACGCUAUGCAGGCAACUACGAAUGGAAGAGCAUUUUCAGAAAGUUACAGCCUAUCUUCAACACGAUAAAUGGCAAGUCAGAUACGCAGCGGUUCAAGCACUUAGCAGUCAACCGCUAUCCUCAGAACUCCUCCAGGCUGUUAUAUUAUGUUUAAAAGACGAGCAUGAUGCCGUUCAGCAUCAAGCAGUAGAGAUACUUCGAGGCCAGCCGACAAACGAGGAACUUUAUCACAAUAUCGAACCGUAUUUCCAACAUGAAAACUCAUCAGCCAGAAUGUCUACCCUAUCUGUGUUUGACGGCCGACAGCUACCAAACAAGUACCUUCGGGCUAUCUUAACAUGUAUCGGAAAUGAAACCUACCUUGGUAUUAGUUCAGCAGCAAUAAAUAUACUCAAAAGUCAGCAGACAACAACAGAAUUUCUUCAAAGUGUCGAAGAGUAUCUUCACCACAGCAAGUGGCAAUUUAGAGAGGCAGCACUACGUGCACUUUAUGGGAAACCGCUACCCAGAGAGUAUCUUCAACCUGUCAUAGCAUGCCUCGAAGAUGAGCACUCCAGAGUUAGAACGGCAGCGCUAGAAGCACUUGAAGGUCAGCAGGUACCUAAAGAGUGUAUUGGAGCUAUUGUGAAACGCUUCGACGAUGAUGAACAGAAGGUUUAUUGCCAGGUCUCAAGGACACUUAAAAGUCUGCCGGUGAAGGAAUAUUUCUCACAUCUUGUCCCGUAUCUCCAGAGUCAAGAAAGUUACAUUUCGUGCCGCAAAUUAUUCGUAAUACGGGCACUUGAGGGCCAGACUGCUCUACCACAAGACGUUGUUCAGGCGGUUGCGUCAGUUGUCCGAGAAAGGAGGUAUGAUACGAUAUUCGAGGCAUUGAGGCUGAUGGCAAACCAGCCAAGUCUGCCAGAGGGACUUCUAGAUUGUCUAGGAGAGAUUGCGGCAAAGGAGAAUAUAUGGACUAGAACAGUAGCGCUUUACAUGAUCGAGAAAUUUCAGCCAUCUGUGCCAAGAUCAACUCUUCAAUCCAUUAUACCUAUCCUCGAUGGCACCUUUUGGGACAUCAUUGAAACUACGGCAGAGAUUCUGUGUCGACAACAGGAUUUAUCACUCAUCCCGACGAAAAGUGUUGCGAAUUUCUAUCGGGCCAUGUUAGUCAUAGCCCAACAAAGAGAUGUAUCUUGGCAAGAUUUGGAGGGCAUGUCUCAUAUCACAAUAGGUGAGGAUCACUACGUCAGCGCCUGGCCUGACGGAUUCAAAGAUGCGCUUCGGAAAGCGCGGGAAGAGCUAUUUAGUAGAUGUUUCUCCUGCAGGCUUUUGAGUUCACCUAGGAAGGUGUAGAAAGGCAGGCUCUACACUAUACUAUUACGAGAGGCUAAGCGCAUUUAAGUUGUUUGCUUGGCCGCCUGCGCUUGCUAGACCUCAAAGUUCUCUCUGCAUGGGUACUGGGAAAUGGUGGGCGUUGAAGGUAUUGAAUUAUUUCACGGCCGUUUGAUGUAGCGCACUUGCGUUAGAGUGAAAGUUACGAGUUGUUAUCUCCACUGAACGCGCUGAAUACCUUGUACGCACCUCAAAACUCAUUUCGGUUUUAUUACAGAUGAGGCUCGUCGGCCGUGCCUUGAAAAAAAAUAUUGGUGAGCCUCAGCAGUUAAGAAAACCAGCCCAGGUGGAUGUAGCCUAAGGUCAACCACAGGGGAUGGGAUUUGAAUCGGCCACACGCAGACUUUGGAAGACAUGACAGCAUUUUGUAUUUCAUAUAGCUUUUAGUUUCAAGCCUUAUACUUAGA